AUUUAUAUUCAGUGAAUAUCUCAUUUGAUCUCAUUCAUACCACGUCUCAUUUUCUCUUUUAGUAUUCUUCUGGUAAUAAUCCUCACUUUAGUUUUUCGUAUACUAGUUGUAACAAUGAACAAAUUAUGAAUACAAAUCACAACUUAUGGUCAUCCAUUUCCAAGUAGUGAGCAUUGUGAAUCUGCAACAGCGGCUAAAAUCUACCAGACGCCACCACCCAAGAGGUUUGAUUUACGGCAACAAUUGAAAGGGAAAGGUGCUUAACUUGCAUUAGUAUGGGAUGAGGGAGAAAAGUCUUGAUCUUGAGUCUUGAAUGUAGCUAAAGGAGUUUGGAGAAGAAUUAUAAGCCAUUGCAUAAAAGAAUGCUCAGCUGCUCAAGUUAUGCAGAAAACGGAGAUUGAUUAUCAAUCUGGGAAUAAAGAGAUGUAGCCAUACUUAGUUCAAGAAAAUCGAGAAGAAAGUAUGGAGUAUGCAUCCAAAUUUGUAGAAAGAGCUAUCGAUGUUGUGUUGGACUUGACUAUUCGGCAUGUGGGUUACAUCUUCUAUUACAAGGAAAAUGUCAGUGAACUAAACGUUCUGGUUGAGAAGCUAAGACUUGAACGAGAUAGGCUGGAACACGAAGUAGAUGAAGCUAAGGAUAAUCUAGGAAUAAUCGAAAGUGAUGUUAAUGUUUGGCUUCAAAAAGUGGAUAAAACUAGAACUGAAACAGAGGAGUUUCAAAAUGAAGAAGGUCACAUAAAGACAAGGUGUUCCAGUGGUUUAUUUCAUUACUUGAGGAACAGGGAUAGACUAGGCAGAAAAGCAAAGAAGAUGGCAGUGGAUGUCAAGUUAUUAAUAGAUGAGUCAAAGUUUGAUGGAGUUUCCUAUCAGCAAAAGCCAACAUCUAUGCAUGCUGCUUUGUUUAAUGCUGGCUAUGUAGAAUUUGGUUCCCGAAAAUAUACAAUUGAAAAGAUAAUGAAAAAACUAGAAGAUUCUACAGUGAGAAUGAUUGGAGUGCACGGGCCAGGUGGUGUGGGUAAGAGCACUUUAAUCAAAGAAAUUGUUAAGAAAGCUCAAGACAAGAAGUUGUUCAAUGUGGUAGUUAUUGUAGAAAUAACUGACAAUCCCAACCUGCAGAAAAUCCAGGAAGAAAUUGCUUACAUGUUAGGAUUAACAUUGGAAGGGGUAGGCGAGACUGUGAGAGCAGAUCGUCUAAGGAGGAGGUUACAGAAAGAGAAGGAGAACACCCUUGUCGUCAUGGAUGACCUUUGGGACAGAAUAGACUUGAAUAAGAUAGGAAUUCCAUUUGAUGAUGAUAUGGAUGAUGAUUCAAGCCAUAUGACUAUUGAUGUAAUGAAGGAUCCUAACUUCAAAAUGGUGAAAAAAGGAAGAACUGUUGGUGAUUAUAAGGGUUGCAAAAUUUUGUUAACUUCGAGAGAUAAAAUAGUAUUGUCUGGUAAAAUGGAAGUCAAGUCAGUUAUAUGUGUGAGGGAAUUAGAUGAUAAGGAAUCUCUAAUGUUGUUUAAGGAGGUGGCUGGAAUACCUGAUGAAAUGUCCACAUUUAAACAGGAGAUUGUAAAAAAGUAUUGUGCAGGGCUACCCAUGGCAAUUGUUACAGUUGGAAGGGCAUUAAGAAAUAAGAGCGAGUUAGUGUGGGAAGCCACACUCGAAAAACAUAAAAAAGAGGAACUGGGUGAAGUGCAGAAAUCUAUGGAGAUUUCUGUAAAGAUGAGUUAUGAUCAUCUAGAAAGUGUGGAGCUCCGGUCUAUUUUCUUACUUUGGGCUCAAAUGGGUCAUCAACAAUUAAUUAUGGACUUGGUGAAGUAUUGCUUUGGAUUGGGUAUACUUGAAGGGGUCUAUACGCUAAGGGAAGCUCGUGAUAGAGUAUAUACAUCAAUCCAAAAGCUAAAAGACUCAAGUUUGAUGUUGGAUGGUAGUUCCAAUGAUCAUUUCAGUAUGCAUGAUAUGGUUCAAGAUGCUGCUUUGUCUAUAGCACACAAGGAGCAAAAUGUAUUUGCUUUGAGAAAUGGCAAUUUAGAUGACUGGCCGGACAAAGAUGAACUCGAGAGGUGCAGUGCUAUCUCUAUACGCAACUGUGAUAUCAUUGAUGAGCUUCCUAAAGUUAUAAAUUGUCCUCAACUUAAAUUCUUCCAAAUUGACAGUGAUGAUCCUUCUUUGAAAAUACCUGAGAGUUUUUUGAAGGAAUGGAAAAACUCAGAAAUGCUUUGUUUGGAGCGGUGUAUUCUGGUUGACAACUUAUCCAUCAUAGGAGAGCUGAAAAAAUUAAGAAUUCUCAGCUUUUCUGGAUCUCAAAUUGAAAACUUGCCAGCUGAGAUAGGGUGUUUAGAUAAGCUACAGUUAUUUGACAUCAGUGACGAUUCCAUAAUGAAGGUGGUUCCGCCAAAUUUUAUAUCAAGGUUGACUUGUUUAGAAGAGUUGUAUAUAAGAAAGAGCUUGAUCAAAAUGGAGGAAGAUGGAGAGCCAAACCAAAGUCAAAUUUCAUUUCUUUCUCAGUUAAAACAUUUGCAUCAAUUGAGAGUUGUAGACUUAUGCAUCCCAAGUACUGCAGUUUUGCCUAGGGACUUAUUCUUUGACAGGUUAAUUGAUUACAAAAUUGUGAUUGGAGACUUCAAGAUGUUUUCAGUUGGAGGUUUUAGGAUGCCUAAUAAGUAUGAAGCGUUAAGAUCCUUGGCAUUGCAGCUAACAAACGGCACUGACAUUCACUCCCAGAAAGGGAUAAAGUUGUUGUUCAGAAGAGUUGAAAAUUUGGUGUUGGGAGAGCUAAGUGGAGUUCAAAAUGCUUUUUAUGAAUUGAAUUUGGAUGGAUUUCCAGAUCUUAAAAAUUUAUCCAUCAUAAAUAACACUGGCAUCGAAUAUAUCGUUAACUCAAUGGAGCUGAUCCAUCCUCAGGAUGUUUUUCUCAAUUUGGAAUCUCUAUGCCUCUACAAACUGAGCAACAUAAAGAUGUUGUGUUAUACUCCAGUUACAGAUGCCUCAUUCACCAAAUUAAAAACCAUCAAGGUCAAGAUGUGUACCCAGUUGAAGACUCUCUUCUCCUUUUACAUGGUUAAAUUUUUUGCUAGUCUAGAAACAAUUGAUGUUUCUGAAUGUGAUUCUUUGGAGGAGAUUGUUGUUAUGGAAGGACAAGGAGAUUUUAAUAAGGUUGACUUUCCUAAGUUGCGGUCUUUGACGCUACAAACAUUACCAUCAUUUACUAGUUUUUAUACUUGUGAUGAGAUGCCUUCUUUAGAAGGGCAAACAAUGACCAGGGAUCACAUAGAAAUUACUAUUGCAGAAGAUGAUUACAAUGUCAUGGCUCCCGUUUCUCUCUUUGGUGAACUGAUUGAAAUUCCAAACCUCGAGAGUUUGAAGUUAUCCUCAAUCAAAAGCCAUAAGAUAUGGAGAGACCGACCUGUUUCAAAUUUCUGCUUUCAAAAUCUAAUAAAAUUAACUGUGAAAGAUUGCUAUAACUUAAGAUACUUAUGUUCAUUGUCUGUGGCUAGCAGUUUGAAGAAAUUGAAAGGCCUUUUUAUAAGUAAUUGUCAAAUGAUGGAGAACAUUUUUAUCACUGCAGGAAACACUGUGGACAAGGUCUGCAUCUUUCCUAAGUUGGAGGAAAUCAACCUCACCAAACUGAAUAUGUUGACUGACAUAUGGCAAUUUGAAGUUGGUGUUGAUUCCUUUUCUAGUCUCAUUUCUGUACAAAUUGAAGGGUGUGAAAAACUUGUCAAGAUUUUUCCAAGUCACAUGACAGGAUGGUUUGGGAGUUUAGACAGCUUGAAGAUUAUCGAUUGCCGGUCACUGCAAGUGAUUUUUGAAAUCAAAGACUUUCAACAAAUAGGUGCAUCUAGGACGAACACAAACCUGCAGCUUAUUUUUGUAGACCGACUCCCAAACCUGAAGCAAAUAUGGGACCGAGAUCCAGAAGGAAUUCUUAGCUUCAAAAAUAUGCGGAUUAUAGAAGUUAUAGACUGUAGUAAACUAAGCUAUGUCUUACCAGCUUCAGUGGCCAAAGAUCUAAAAAGGCUCGAAGGCGUUUCGAUAUGUGAUUGUUUCGAGAUGGAGGAAAUUGUUGCUUGGAAUGAUGGAACACAAACCCGAUUAGAGUUUCCUGAAGUAACCUUCAUUAAACUCUAUCUCCUGCCAAAAAUUAAGCGUUUCUAUAAGGGGGGACAUAUAGAAUGUUCAAAAUUGAAGCAGUUGGCUGUGAACUCCUGUGAGCAGCUGGACAUGUUCACAACAGAAAUCACAAAUGAAGAAAGACAAGCGGUUUUCUUAGCUGAAAGGGUAAUCUCCAACUUGGAGUUCUUGGAAACUGGCUUAAAGGAAGCAAUGUGGUUAAAGAGAAACAAAUGGGAGUAUCGAAUGGACUGUAUGAAAGAGCUUUGCUUGCACUCGUUGGACAAUAUUGAACUUCUCUACUGGUUUCUGGACAGAAUGCCUAAUCUGGAAAGCUUAAACUUGGUUUUCUCUGACUAUAAGCUUAAAGGGUUAGUGCCAAGUGGAAACGUUGCACCACAAGAAAGACUGGGAACUGUAUUACAACUCAAAACAUUGUAUUUGCGGAUGUCAUGUAUAAAGAAUCUAGGAUUUGACCAAGAUCCACUUCUACAAAGACUACAUCAUUUGCUCUUAUAUUCCUGCUACAGUUUGGUCACUAUAGCACCUUCCUCAGUAUCUUUUACUCACUUAACAUAUUUGGAAGUAUAUGCUUGUUUUAGAUUAAUGAAUUUAAUGGCAAUCUCAACAGCCAAAAGCAUGGUUCAACUUGAAGUGAUGAAGGUAAUCCAAUGUAGUUUACAGGAAAUAGUAACCAAUGAGGGAAAUGAAGAAGGCACAAUGAUCAAAGUUGUAUUUAGAAAAUUGGUUUGUUUAGAGCUGGUGAAAUUACAGAACCUUUCAAGUUUCUGUAGCUACAAGAACUGUGAAUUUAAAUUCCCAUCACUGGAAAGACUGAUUGUAAGAGAAUGCCCCAAAAUGGAAACGUUCACUAAGAGUCAAAUAUCCGCACCAAAGCUAAAAAAGAUACAUGCCAUUGAAGGAGAAUCAGAAGAGGAAGAGAAAUGGUAUUGGGAAGGUGACUUGAAUACCACUAUACAGAAAGUUUUCAAAGACAAGAUGUCUUUUGAAUACACAGAGCAGCUGCAGCUGGACGUGUUUCCUGAAUUAUUAGAACAAGUAUGGCAUGGCAGGGAUUUGGUGCACGAGCACAUCUUUCGCAAUUUGACAUCCUUGGGGGUAGGAAACCGUAAUAAUCUAGUGCACGCAAUUCCAUCUCAUUUAAUUCCUUGUUUUGAGAAUUUGGAAGAGUUACGAGUAUGGAAUUGCAGUGCAGUGAAAGUCAUAGUUAAUAUAGAUGGUGCAAGGGUCACAAAAACAUUGGGAUUAUUUCGUUUGAAAAAAUUGUCAUUAAAUAAUCUACCAAUCCUGGAGCAUGUGUGGGACAAAGACCCUGAAGGAAUUCUCAGCUUUCAAGCGCUACAAGAAAUGCAUGUUGAUAGUUGUGAAAUCCUUAAAUAUUUGUUUCCUACAUCGGUGGCUAAAGCUCUUACUAGACUUGAGGUGCUUAGUGUAACGUACUGUAAAGAGUUGGUAGAAAUAUUUUCAAAGGAUGAAAGAGCUGUUGAAGGAGAAACAAAAGAGUUUAUGUUUCCUUGUCUGACCUCAUUGCACCUAACAGAAUUGCCAGGGUUCAAAUACUUUUAUCCUGGUAUACAUAAGUUACAAUGGCCUUCCCUAAAAGAACUGCAUGUAUAUCAAUGUAACAUGACUAUAAUUUCAAGAAGAUCAUACAGAGGAGCAAGCCCUUAUUCCAAUUGAACAGAUCCUCAGUUUGGAGAAAUUAUUAUUUUGUAUUGGAGACACCAAGGUUAUAUGGGAUCAGAGGUCUUGGACAUUGCAAUUUAAACGUAUGCAACACUUUCAAGAAGAGUCAAACAGUGUUCUAUAUAGGUUCCUUUGCAUGUUACCUACUAUAGGGAAACUUCAGUUGUGCGAUUGUUUGUUCGAAGAGAUGUUCUCUGCUGAAAGACCUAAUGCUGAUUACACAAGAGUCCUCUUGCACCUAAAAGAAGUAGAGUUAACUAAUGUGGAUAAUCUCAACUCCAUUGGUUUAGAGCACACUUGGCUACACCCAAUUCCCGAAAAUCUCCAAACAUUAAAAGUAAAAAAAUGUCAUCGUUUAAUAAACUUGGUACCGAACACAGUAUCUUUUUCCAACCUCACAAUUUUGAAUGUAUAUAGUUGUACAGGAAUGCUA